UUCGGGCUCAGCCAAGCCUGCGUGAUCGCAGCCAGACCCACAGAGCCACCCCGGUGCUCGCUGGUGUCACGGUGAGCAGGAGCAGCGGUUGAGGGUCUGCUUCGAGGAGAAGAGAGGUGCGGGGAGUCCACCGGCAGCGUGUCGUGGGGGCCUGGACCACGCUCCCCAGAGGCGCGACCGGCAUCUUCCUCGCUAUCCAGCGCCCAGUGACGGGCUGUCCCGGAGGGGAAAUGCAUCCUGAAUGGGGCUGAAGCCCCCUGCGCGGGAAUAUGCAGCCUCGGCACCGCGGGGGCAGCACCAGGGCAGCGGCCGGCGCGCAGCGGCAUGGUGGCAACGUUCAAGAUCGCUGUGCUGGGAGCCCAGGGCGUGGGCAAGAGCGCCAUAGUCCGGCAGUUCCUCUACAACGAGUUCAGCGAGGUCUGCGUGCCCACCACGGCCCGCCGCGUCUACCUGCCCGCCGUCGUCAUGAACGGCCACGUCCACGACCUGCAGAUCAUGGACUUUCCCCCCAUCACCGCCUUCCCCGUCAACACCCUGCAGGAGUGGGCGGACGUGUGUUGCAGGGGGCUCCGGAGCGUCCAUGCCUACAUCCUGGUCUAUGACAUCUGUUGCUUUGACAGCUUCGAGUACAUCAAAACCAUCCGUCAGCAGAUCCUGGAAACGAGGGUCAUCGGCACUUCGGAGACACCCAUCAUCAUCGUGGGCAACAAGCGGGACCUGCAGCGGGGCCGGGUGAUCCCGCGCUGGAACGUCUCCAACCUGGUGAAGAAGACGUGGAAGUGCGGCUACAUCGAGUGCUCGGCCAAGUACAACUGGCACAUCCUGCUGCUCUUCAGCGAGCUCCUGAAGAGCGUGGGCUGCGCCCGCUGCAAGCACGUCCACACCACCAUCCGCUUCCAGGGCGCCCUGCGCAGGAACCGGUGCACCAUCAUGGCGGGUGGCAAAGUGCAGCCCCUGUUAGGAAAUGGUGUUGGGGCGAUGUGCCAACAAGGGGUGGGCAGGAGGCCGAGGGGGUUGUGGUUCCUCCUUCUUGGCGGAUCCCUGUGAGACACGGGGAAACACCAUCCUCGCCCCCGCCGAGGCAGGAUCUGAGGCUGGUCCAUCCUCCAGCAAAACCAUCUCAGCGAUUUCUGGCGUAACGAGGGGAUGCAGGUAUCCAGCGCCGCUCUCGGCAGCAAAGCAGAAGGCCGCCAGCCCCAUCUCCCCCCCCCCCGCCCCCCCGGCCAGGUUUCCAUCUCGAAGCACCGCGGUGCUCUCGGUAACACUUUCUGUUAAGAGCGGGCCCAGCUGAGCGCCGGCACGGCGCAUUCACCGCCCCAUCCCUGCUGCCGGGGCCCGGUGCUGCAGCCCCGAUGCUGUGGGGUUGGGGCUCACCCUGCUCCUCCCUUCCCGCCCCCAGCAGCCACUUUGGGAACCAAGCCCGGUUCCGCUUGGUCCAAAAAAAAAAAAAAAAAAAAAAAAAAAAAAUGAAGUACACAAGAGGAAAGGCGAUGGUGGGACACAGGGUCUGUCUCGGGUGGCUGCGGGGAAGGGCAGCGGCACUCAUCAGCAUCCCUCACCUUCACAGCAAACCCACCGGCACCCCCCGACCUCAUCUCGUCAGGAUUUAUUAACACGUGUAAGUCCACGUUAUCAGUCUCUGGCUAGCUUUAUCCCUCCAAAUUGUUUGAGACGGAAACUCCUUGGUAAAUGCUAAUAAUAAAGCAUUUAUAAAGUGCUCUGAUGUACACAUAUCAACGACUAAGCCAAUACAUUGUUUGUUAUAACCCUGUA